ACGGUCAUAUUCUUUUAUGAAUAUGAAUACCAUUGAAUCAACAAACAGUGCACAUGCUGAUAACUCCCCAUCACAAUUUUCUCCAACACCAGUUAAUCGCUCAUCAUGUACAUUUGGUGUGAAGUGUUACAGAAAAAAUCCAUCACAUCGUUUAGAAUUGGCCCAUCCAGGUGAUGACGAUUUUAAAUUACAUCCAUUACCACAAGCUGAUGCAAAUGCUCCUGAUUGUAAGUACGGCAAGAAUUGUUAUCGCUUUAAUCCUCUACACUAUCAACGAUUCAAGCACCCCAGCGAUAUAAAUGUCGAAGAUAACUACAAAAACUAUUAUGUAUUAAAGAAGAGGCGACGUGCGCAAACAGCUUCAUCGCAGAAUGAUCAUGCUAGUUUCGACGAUGAAAGCGACGAAGAAGAUCCCUUCGGUACUGAAUCAGAUGACAGCGAUUACGUGCCUAGUGAUACAUCUUAAUUUAAUAUAUAAAGUUUAUUAUUAAAUGUUAUUAAAAGUUAUUGAAAUUAGAGAAUUAAAAGAAA